AUGGCACAAAUUUGGGUAAGAAAUGGGAUCCAAAAAGUGAUUGGAGAUGGAUUGACGAGUUUGGUGAUAAUUGGAAAAAAGCGGGCGAUUCAACCAUUGAUUUUUGAGGGAGAACUUCAAGAGGCAGUGAAGAAUCAUGUUAGAGGUGAGGAUUUUUUGAAGAGUUUCAGGGAAAAGUUUCAAAAAAAAAUGAAUGGAACUUUGAGCCAAAUUUUAGAAAUCCAGAAAACGAAAGAUAUUUUUUAUUUUCUUAUAUAAAAACAUUUUGAGCUGAUAUUAAACAAAUUUUUGAUGUUUUUUUCUAGACAAAGAACAAUGGAAAUCUGCAAUCGAUCGUUUACCAACAAAUGGAAGAGUUUCUCUUAAUCUCGAUCUUGCUCAAGUUAUCACAAUUCCUGAAAAAGCAUCCCGUCAUAAUACUCCUUCAAAUUCUCCAUCAAUUUAUAAAGAAUUGAAAAGUGUCAGUUAUCCGGAAGAUGUUCGAAAUGUUCAUAUUUUACUAUAUUCUGAUUAUGAACAUGUUUUAGCAAGUGUCGCAGCUGUUGCAAGAACUUUUUAUAAGUUUUCUCUGAAAACAAGUGGUGCACCAAAGGCAUUGAAAGUCAAUUUGGAUGUUGUUACGACAAAUGGAAAGGUUUGUGAUUUUUUGAUUUUUUUUUUGGCGGAAAAAAAGAGAGAGAGACAUAUGAUUUUUGAUUGUUAAAUAUGAAUAGAUAAGAAGAAAAAACUAUUAAAAUUCGUCCCGGAUAGUAAUAAAUUUUUUUUUAAGUCUGAAAAAAAAUUAUUCACUAACUUCGAAAAUUCCGAAUUUUUAGCAAUUAACAAAUGAAGACACAAAAUUCCUCGAUGAUUUAUGCGAAUCAAUUCGCGAAACAGCUCGACUUAUCGAUACUCCAGCAAAUGUUCUCACAACAAAUGCACUUGUUGAUGAAGCUAUUCAAGUCGCUCAAAAAAUUGGCGCCAAAUUGACAAUUAUCAAAGGCGAUGAAUUGUUGGCGAAAGGAUUUGGUGGAAUAUAUCAUGUUGGAAAAGCUGGACCAACACCGCCUGCAUUUGUUGUUUUGUCGCAUGAAGUUGCGGGUUCGGAUGAAAAUAUUGCAUUGGUUGGAAAAGGAGUUGUUUAUGAUACUGGUGGCAUGCAAAUUAAGGGAAAAACUGGAAUGCCAAGUGAGUUUUUGGGGGGAUUUGGGGAUGAAAAUUUAGACUUUACGAACUCGAAAUCUUUGUAUCAAUAUAGAAUAGUUGAUUUUCUUUUUAUUUCUAAAGUUACUCUAACUCGCAAUUAAUUAACCUGCAAUUAAUUAAAACUAAAAAGUUCUUUAAUUCAAUUUUCAAAAUUUUGAUGAACUUUGGAACCUCGUUUUUCUAUCGUUUAAAAUUUAAAAUUUUGACAUUUCAACACCUAACUCUCUUAAUGGAACUUACUUUUAAUUUAAAAAUUCCAACUUUUUUUGCAGAUAUGAAACGUGAUAUGGGUGGUGCAGCUGGAAUGCUCGAAGCCUUCUCAACUUUGGUCCAAAAUGGUUUCUCCAAAACCCUUCAUGCUUGUCUUUGUAUUGUUGAGAAUAAUAUUAGCCCCGCUGCAAAGUUUGUUUUUUUCAAAUAUUUUCGCAAGGGCUAUGCUCAAAAAUUGUCGGUUCAAAAAUUUCAGCUAGCAAACAAUUUCAUUGAUUUUUCUACGAAAUUUUAAAAUACUUAUUCCAGCAAACCUGAUGACGUCAUCACAAUGUUGAGCGGGAAAACAGUUGAAAUCAACAAUACCGAUGCAGAAGGUCGAUUGAUUUUGGCGGAUGGUGUUUUUUAUGCGAAAGAAACGCUGAAAGCAACAACCAUCAUUGAUAUGGCAACUUUGACUGGAGCACAAGCCUAUUUGUCUGGAAAAUAUCAUGCGGCUGGAAUGACAAAUGAUGAUGAAUUGGAGCAUAAUGUGAGCAUUUUUUUUGAGUUUCGAAUCAAAUUCAUUUUUUUUCGAGAUUUCGUCUAGAGAAAAGUUUAGGAUAUUUUGAUCUAUGAUAUUUUCAAAAGCUACUGACUUCUUUCUUCAAAAAACCCCAUCUUUCAUUUGCAGAUAAUCCAAGCUGGUAAGAAUUCUGGAGAUUUGGUUGCUCCGAUGCUCUUUGCACCCGAUCUCUUCUUUGGUGAUUUGAGAAGUCCAAUUGCGGAUAUGAGAAACUCGAAUUUGGGGAAAAUGGAGGUAUUGUUAUUUCAACAAUUUUUAAAUUUACUCAAAUUUUGAACAAAAUUUUUGCGAGAACCAAAAAUCACCAAAAUCAUCAUCCCCAACCUUUGAGUAACAUAUUUCAAUUCAGGGACCACCAUCCGCAAUCGCUGGACUCUUCAUCGGAUCUCACAUCAAUUUUGGAGAAGGUCUUCGCUGGUUGCAUUUGGAUAUUGCAGCUCCAGCUGAAAGCGGAGAUCGAGCAACUGGAUAUGGACCCGCUCUUUUUGCAGCUCUUCUUGGAAAAUAUACAAGUGUACCUAUUUUGAAGAAUCUCUAA